AUGGCUUUUGAGGGCCUCGUGAAUUUGCUAAUGCUGGAAGCAAUCAUAAAUGAGGAGGACAAUGCUACACGAGAGCAUAACACCAAUAGAGAUACGAUCAGGCGGAGGCAAUUAGCUCUUGAUCCCCCAAAUCGUCGUUUCAUGGAAUUAUUCCGGAUCACCAAGGAAGUGUUCGGUGAAAUAAUGAUGUUGGUGGAAACAGAUAUCCGGGCCCCAUCAAGGGUAUCAGCGUAUCCAAAAGAAACUCAAGUCCUCGUUAUUUUACGGUGGUUGGCAAUUGGCGACUACCAAAGGCCAAUUGGAGAGGAGAUGCUGUUGGGAGUGUCUCAAAGUGGAGUGUGCCGGAUUAUUCAAUCGGUGUUACCCAUUUUGGAAAGAAAGUUAUGUUCCCAGUAUAUCAAAUGGCCCACGUCCUCAGAGGAGAGACGUAUUAUUCAAGAUGGAUUUCUUUCUAAAUAUGGAAUUUCGUCCACCAUGGGAGGUAUGGAUGGAACCCAAGUCGCCUUAUGCAGACCCGAACAUGAGCACUUGUAUCUCAAUAGGCAUGAAAUUCACUCAAUGAAUGUAAGUCUCAUUUGUGAUCAUGAGCAGAAGUUCAUAGCAGUAGAUGCAACCCAUCCAGGAGCUACACAUGAUGCUGCUAUAUGGAACACAUCUGAAGAACGCAAAUUCAUGCAGGAGAUUUACAACCGAGGUGAAAGAAUGUGGCUGCUCGGAGACAGCGGUUACCCACUGGAGCCUUGGCUAAUAACGCCUUACAGAAGUCCAACUGAUAGAUUGCAGACUGAGUUCAACCACAAAUUCUCACGAAUUCGAACAAUAAUUGAGAAUACCAUAGAUUAUGUCUGGCUGUGUACGGCCUUCUCUGUGCUGUGCUUUGCUGUGACGGUGACUGUGACUGCACAGGGCUUGGGCGUAGAAGCUCGUGGUGAAUCGUGCUGGGUAUCUGAAGAUAGUGAAGGUGGAGCAUUACUACCAUGUGCAUGGAAAUCGCAAUCCCUUCUAGCUGGUAGUUGA